ACAUCCCUUCUGCAGUUUCUGUUUGCACUUGGAUGAGUGAACCUGAAAUUCAGGCGCAACAAGAGGGUGCCGUCUGGGGCGUACACGCGAUCCUGGGGAGGCUGGACGCCCACAAAAUCGCGACUAUCAGAUGUUCUCUGGGCCUGUUGGACCGGAGGAGGAAGCACCGAAGCCACGACUCUUUCUUCCUCCCACGAAGGCUUGAGCUAACUCCUCCCAGGGGCGGGCGGUUGUGCUUCCCUCCGCUGCGGAGUGGCAGGGCAAGAGUUCACUCCGGCUCGGAGGAAGAAGAAGGCCUCACCGGGAAACUGCCGAGCUCAGCAUGGCGGCCGGGGGGUUGCUCUUCUCUUCUUUUUCCCGCUGGCGGGGGGCUUCCGUCGCUCGGCACCCGACUGUUCUUGCCGCGCCGCGGAGAAGCUACAGCCAGGACGACUCCUCCCAGUACUUGCGCCGCAGCCUCGUCCCCACUAUGCAUUAUCAGAAGAGCCUGCCCCGUUUGCCCAUUCCAAAACUUGAAGACACAAUUAGAAGAUACCUGAAUGCUCAAAAGCCUGUUUUAGAUGAUGACCAAUUCAGGAAAACUGAACAACUUGCUGUCAGUUUUAGGGAUGGAAUUGGUAAAGAAUUACACGAGCAGUUGGUUGCACAAGACAAAAAAAAUAAGCAUACUAGUUAUAUUUCAGGUCCCUGGUUUGAUAUGUACCUACAGGCACGUGAAUCGGUUGUUUUGAACUUCAAUCCAUUCAUGGCUUUCAACCCUGACCCCAAACCUGAGUAUAAUGAUCAGCUCAUAAGAGCUACUAACAUGACUGUUUCCGCUUUGCGUUUCUUGAAGACUCUCAGGGCUGGCUUUUUAGAGCCAGAGGUUUUUCAUCUCAACCCAUCCAAAAGCGACACUCAAGCAUUUAAAAGGUUUAUUCGAUUUGUGCCUUCCUCUCUCUCGUGGUUUGGUGCCUACAUGGUGAAUGCCUACCCACUAGACAUGUCUCAGUACUUCAGGCUUUUCAAUUCCACACGACUGCCUAAGCUCAAUAAGGAUGUGCUGUUUACGGAUGAAAGUGAGCGGCACUUACUGGUGCUUAGAAAUGGAAAUUUUUACACGUUUGAUGUGAUAGAUAGAGAUGGGAACAUAGUGACUCCUUCAGAAAUUCACGCCCACCUAAAGUACAUCCUUUCUGACAACAGUCCUGUUCCAGCAUUCCCUCUCGCUUGUCUCACUACUGAAAACCGGGAUACGUGGGCAUUGCUGAGACAGGAGCUACUUGACAACGGCAAUAAGGAAGCCUUAGAAAAAGUGGAUUCUGCAGUCUUCUGCCUGUGCCUCGAUGACUUUCCAAUUAAAGAUCUCAUCCAUUUGUCCCAUACCAUGCUCCAUGGUGAUGGAAUCAACAGGUGGUAUGACAAAUCCUUCAACCUUAUUUUAGCCAAAGGUGGCACUGCAGCAAUUCACUUUGAACACUCCUGGGGAGAUGGUGUAGCUGUGCUCAGAUUCCAAAAUGAAGUUUUUAAAGACAGCACCCAGUCACCUGCAAUUGCACCUCAGUCUCAGCCUGCAGCAGUUGAUUCUUCCACAGCUGUACGGAAACUGAACUUUAAACUGAACAGUGCCUUAAAAGAAGGAAUUGCCAAAGCCAAAGAAAAGUUUGAUGCUACUGUGAAAACGCUGACUCUGGAGGCCCUUCAGUUUGAAAAGGGAGGCAAGGAGUUGUUAAAGAAGCAGGAGCUGAGUCCUGAUGCUAUAGCUCAGCUUGCCUUCCAGAUGGCUUUUCUACGGCAAUAUGGCCAAACUGUUGCCACUUACGAAUCUUGCAGCACGGCAGCAUUCAAACACGGCCGCACUGAGACCAUCCGUCCUGCCUCAAUUUAUACAAAGAAGUGUUCAGAGGCUUUAGUCCAGAAGGCAACCAACCACAGUGCAGCAGAACUGCAACAGAUGAUUGCAGAGUGCUCUAAGUAUCACAGCCAGCUCACAAAAGAAGCUGCUAUGGGUCAGGGAUUUGAUCGUCACUUGUAUGGUUUGCGGUGUCUGGCAGAAUCGAGAGGAGCCCCUUUGCCAGGCUUUUACAAGGACCAAGCUUAUGCACUGAUUAAUCAUAACAUUCUCUCCACAAGCACUCUGAGCAGCCCAGCUGUGAACAUGGGUGGAUUUGCACCAGUGGUGCCUGAUGGUUUUGGUGUAGCGUACAGAGUUCAUGAUAACUGGAUUGGAUGCAAUGUUUCUGCCUAUCCAGCUAAGAAUGUGCAAGAAUUCCUCCAGUGUGUACACAAGUCACUAGAGGAUAUUUUUACUGUUUUGGAAGGUCAACUUGUUAGCAAAUAGGAUAUAUCAGGGUUGGUCCUGUAAAAUGCACAGAGCUAUAACAUCUUCUGCCUGGAGGAAGAUGUUAACUUUCUGGCUGGAAUUUCAAUACAGUGCCUAUUGCUUUGUAAUUCCUUUGGAAAAAAUGGCAGCUCUCCAAGGAGAAAAUCAUGAACUUAAUUCAGCAUGUACACCUCAUUCUAGUAAUACUGAUUGUAAAAUAAUGAUGCAUUUGGUCCGAUACCUGUUGGCAAUGGUAUGUUCUCACAAAGUUGCUAGGCAGCACGAGGCACAGCAUAAGCUUCUCUCGCCUUAUAAAUUGGUUUGACAAUUUCAGUGUAUAAUAUACAUGAACUUAGGACACAGACUAUUAAUAUAUAGAUAAUGCUCUUUCAGAAUUCCAAUGCCUAAGAACAGCCCUGCUGUAUCAGACCAAAGGCCUAUCUAAUUUAGCAUCUUGCUCUCGCAGUGGCUGGGAAGCCUGCAAGCAAGAAAUGGGUGCAACAGCCCUCUCGCCACUUGUGUUCUGCUGCCUCUGACACUGGAGAUAGUAACAGAGCCAUCACAUGGAUAUCCUUGCCCUCAAUAAUUUGUCUAAAUCCUAUUUAAAGCUAUCCAAGUUGGUGGGCAUUACUGUAUCAUAUGGUAGCAAAUUCCACUAUCUGCUAUGUGAAGAAAUACUUCCUUUAGUUUGUCCUGAAUAUUCCAAUACUCAGCUUCAUUGGAUGACCCUAAGUUCUAGCAUUAAGAGAGAGAAAGAAAAAUGUUUCUUUAUUCCCUUUUGUCUAUAACAUUGAUAAUUUAAUGCACAUCUAGCAUGUCUUCCCUUACUCAUUUUUUUUCUAAGCUAAAAUCCCCAAAUAUUGUACCCUUUCCACAAAGGGAGUUGUUCCAACUCCCAAGGUCAUUUUCAUUGUCCUUUUCUGAACCGUUUCCAGCUCUACAAUACCUUUUUUUGAGGUGAAACAACCAGAAAUGUAUUUUAAGUGCUGUUGCACCAUGUAUUUGAAUAAUGGCAUCAUUACUGUUUUAUAGUGAUCCUAUGCUGUCUAACAUGGAGUUAAGUCAGACACAGGGAUCUGCCUUCCAUCUCCUACAGUGAAGACUGAUGCAAAUAAUUCCUUCAGCUUCUCUGCGAUCUCCUUUUUCUCCCUUGUCAUAAAAGGUCAGUAGUGGUUAAGGUGUUGGACUAUGACCUGGGAGACCAGGGUUCGAAUCCCCACAUAGCCAUGAAGCUCACUGGGUGACCUUGGGCCAGUCACUGCCUCUCAGCCUCAUGAAAACCCUAUUCAUGGGGUCACCAUAAGUCGGAAUUGACUUAAAGGCAGUACACACCUCCCUAGCCAGUUAUUUUGCUUCUAAUGUAUUUAAAUUAUUUUUGUUAGGCUUUGUGUAGAGUGACAUUGUCCUUUUUAAAAAUCCCUUAUACUGCUUGUGUUUCUCUCACCCAAAUUUGUGUUCCCUUUUCUUCAUUUGAAUAAGGGUACCAUUUUCUGAAAAUUUCCUUCCUCUAAUAGUUUUCUGGAUUCUACUUGUUAAUCAUGCUGGCCUCUUCUUGGGCUUGAUGGUACCUUUCCUGAUCUGCAGUAUGCGUUCUAGCUGAGCUUGUAAUUUUAUCCACACACCCCCCAGCAUUGUGGAGUGAUUUUAUCAUCUGGACAUUCCCUUUUAACUUUCUUUUUACCAAUCCCCUCAUUUUUAGGAAAUUUCCUCCUUUGAAUUCAUAUGUGACCAUUGAAUUUGAUGGCACUGGAGUCUCUGCUGCCAGUUGAUUCAACAACACAUCUUGUGGCAGGUUUUGGUCACUACUUAUGAUUAAGUCUAGGGCUAUCACCCCUGUGGUUGGUUCUACAGUCAUUUAGGGCAAUGGUAGACAAUGUAGUGUCCUCCACAUGUUUUGGACUACAUGUUUUGGGGGAAGGGUUGUAGCUCAGUGGUAGAGCAUCUGCCUUGCAUGCAGAAGGCCCCAAGUUCAGUCUCCAGGUAGGUCUAGAAGAGACUUCUGCCUGAAACCCUAGACAAUUGCUGUCAGUCACUGUUGACGAUACUGAGCUAGAUGAACAAAUGGUCUGACUCAGUAUAAAGUGCCUUCCUAUCUUCCUAACUCCCUUCAUCCCUGCCCAUUGACCAUGUGGCCUAGGUCUAAUGGGAGCUAAACUCCAAAACUUCUAGAGGAAUCCAUGUUAGUUACCCCCAACUUGGCUGGGUACCUAGAACUUUUAGCUCGUUUAUUCAAUCUAUGUGAAGGUAAUAUGUCACCCAUUGCUGCAGUGUUUCCUCUUUUGAAUGCCUUUUUGAUUUCAUCCUCAAGAUCACCCUGGAUAUUUUGGUCAGCUAGGGUUAUGUGGGGUGAUACUAAAUUAUUGUUAGGGCUUGGUAUUGCCACCCGCAGCAAUUCUGUGGGCCCUUUGGAGAGUCCUAGCUUGGACUCUGUACCUUCUUUGAUGUGCAGAGUGACAUCACCUCCCAUGUGCCCUUCCUAUAGAGUUUAGAGCCAGAGAUGUAUCUCCUUUGGUUCUCUCUUUUCUGAGAGGUUGCAGUUAUGCCCACACUAUCUAUGCUGUCCUUUAAAUCAAGCCCUCCGGUGUGCCUGUUUUGGCUUGGAGGUUUCUAGGGAUAGCAUAUAGACACCUAUAUAUAGUAUCUUUCUCCAAAAGUGUCAGGCAUUAAGCAAUCCCCCCCCCCAGAAAGCAGUCAAACAAUAUUAUUAAGCAAGAAGAUUAUGGGUAGAAUCAAACUCGUGUACGGCUUGCACACAUGGGCCUUUCCUUUCUUCUCCCUCCCUCUAUAUGCCCCUAAACUCGGCUCUGGGGGGUUAGAGGGACCCUCUAGAGAAGACAGGGGAUGUGGGGAAAUAAUGCAGGGGGGAGGAGAGGAAAGUUGAAGGCCUGUUUCAUACACUGCUGUGAUGUCCGGCUGAAAGUUUUAGUGACAAUAGGGGAACUUCAUGUUGUCUUUCACUAUGUAUACAAUGACAAGGAAGCUUACUUUGGACUCGGCAAAAAAAGUUUCAUUUGCAAAUGAAAGUAUUUUCUAAAAUGUUUCUUAACGUGGCAGCUUAUAAGAUCACCAUCUCAAGGAUAACCCUGCUAACAAAGUAUCUUAAGUAUAAUGUAAGAAUCUAAAUCCCUGUACCUGAAUUGUAUGCACUUAGAAACACACCUUAUUUUUCUUGAUACGUUAAAAGAAUGUCAGUCUAAAAUGUGCCUUUGUUGGAAACCAUUUUGCUUCAUAAAGAUUAAAGUGAAACUCAAAUGUGAACUGUUAACAAUCUUAUUGAAUAUUCAGAUGGUUGCAGAAUGUACUUUAUUACAAUAAACAGUCUAAAAAUGGCUU